AUGUCCGGCCCACCGACCAGCGACGCCGACAGCGCCAUCGAGAUUGAUCCCCAGGUCCUCGACGAGGACGGCUCUUCCUUCGCAGACUUCACCGAGGAGUUAGACGACUUCACCACCUCCAUCAACUCCAGCAUAAGCAGGUACCCCUUCGAGAACGGCCGCCGAUACCAUGCCUUCAAGCCCGGCGCAUACCCGCUGCCCAACGACGACGUCGAGCUCGACCGCCUAAAUGUCGUCCACCACAUGAUCAAGAAGGCGCUGGGCGACAAGCUCGUGCUCGCGCCUUUUGAGAACGUGCACAGGGUGCUGGACGUCGGCACCGGCACAGGCAUAUGGGCUAUGGAGAUGGGCGACGCGCACCCUGAGGCCGAGUUCCUGGGGAACGAUCUCAGCCCCGUCCAGCCCUCAUGGGUCCCGCCAAACGUCCACUUCGAGGUCGACGACAUCGAAAGCCGAUGGGCAUUCGGAGCACCCUUUGACUUUGUCUUCUCCCGGACGUUACCGUGCGCCGUAGGGGACUGGCCGGGGCUGGUCAGUCAGGCGUACCGCAAUGUGAAGCCCGGGGGCUGGGUCGAGUUCCAGGACGUGGACAUGGUCUUCUACGCCGAGGACGGGAGUUACAGCCCGUCGAGCGACACAGCGCUGUGGGUACACUUAUUGGUGGGCGCUGCCAGGACGGCGGGGAAGGAGCCGUGUCCAGGACCGAGGCUGGAGCAAUGGGUGAGGGAUGCAGGCUUCGCAAACGUUGUCCAUCAGAAGUUCAAGCUUCCCCUUGGGCCUUGGCCGCGAGAUGCACGACAGAAAGAGAUUGGUCUCUUCAAUCUCGUACAGGCCAUCGAUAGUUUGGAGGCAUUCUCAAUGCGCCUCUUCACCCAGGUACUUCACUGGUCACCAGAAGAGGUACAAGUCCUAUGCGCCAAGGUCCGCACCGAGCUUAAGAAUAAGUCGUCGCACCGGAUGUGGGAUUACCAUGUAGUCUAUGGUCAAAGGCCCACAGCAUAA